AUGGCAGAAAAGUACGACAAUGGUCACAACAGCAGUGAUUUUAAAAGAAACUCAAAUCAAGGGGCACAAGAUGACCACGACCAAGAUGGCGAAGAAAAUUCAAAGUUAAAUGAAAAAGCCGGCGAAUACAUGAGAGAACUAUUGAGCGAGAAAAUUAAACUUAAUAACUCUAAGUUUCCUGUUUCUUGUAGUCUCAUUGAUGAGGAGGUCAAAAAGUUGCAAGCAUCAGGCAGGAUUCCUACAAGGGAUAACAAGUAUGUUGAUGUAUUUCGUGAAAAACCUAUCAAGGUUACAGUUAAAGUUCUUGUACCAAUCAAGGAGCAUCCAAAGUUUAAUUUUGUUGGCAAACUGCUGGGGCCAAAAGGAAGUGUCAUGAAGCAAUUGCAAGAAGAAACUAUGUGCAAAAUGGCUAUACUUGGCCGUGGAUCAAUGAGAGAUAGAUCAAAGGAAGAGGAGCUCCGAAACUCUCUAGAUCCUAAAUAUGCUCAUCUGUCAGAUGAGCUCCACGUGGAGGUGUCUGCUCUAGCACCGCCUGCUGAAGCACAUGCUAGGAUUGCAUAUGCUCUUGCCGAAGUCAAGAAAUACUUGGUCCCUGAUUCUAUGGACAUGAUGCGGCCUAAUCCUAUGAGGGAUAUGAUGGAGAGAGAUCCAGGGCCUCGUAGACCCCCACUCCUCCAAUUGCCUGAGCGCCCCGUGGUGGACGUUAAGGCCAUCGCAUACAAUGCAUGCACGGUUACAAAACGAUCACUAUCCUUUCAGGGUCCUGUGACUGCAGGUGCACCUCCACCACCUAUGCCGCGGCCGGUUCCACCACGUAUGCCCCCCGCACGCCCAAUGCCACCGGCGAAGACUAAGGUGUUCAGUAUUCUGGACCGCGCCCGCAACGCCAUGGAGGGCAGCUCAUAUGGAUAUGAUGACUCCUAUCCUAUGCCUGAGCCCCCAGUAAGAGCUCCGCCCCAAGGUAGACAGGGCCCCGACGCAGACUACUAUUAUGAUCAAAGAGGACAGGACCGUUUCUUUGACGAUGAAUAUUACAAGCAGGAAGAACCUCGCGAGUACAAGUCGACGUCCCGCGAGGUUGGGACACGGCGUCCAGGGCCGCCUGGACAGAGGAACUUCCAACGUCCGGCACCGUACCAGCAGCGACCACAGAAAAAUUACAAUACACAGAAUUCUCAUAAGAAACAGUCUCAAUAA